UGUCGCUUAUCAUACAGUAGAAGAAGAAACAUCAUUCUCCAGGAAGUGCUCCGUUAUAAACAUUUAGACAACUAACCUAUGCUUUCACCUGUCAACAAUGCUGUCACUGAAUAAUUUAGGCGUUAUUUUCAUAUCUCAGGCUCUUCAGCAUUCACCAAAGUUAUUAGCUAUCAGGCAAUGCUUAUCAAAGGCUUCGUCUCGUGCAACGCUAUGCAACAACUCUAUCACCUUCAGCAGUAAGGGCACAAGGAGGCACACGGGCUUCAGAUUACUUAACGAAAGUAUAGUAAAACAUGUCAGUUCACUGCAAACGACUUUCUACACAGCCUCUGUGAAGCUACACUGUUGGAACUGCAGCCAGUCUAUCGAACAAACUCCGGCCUUCUUCUGUUUAUCGUGUAACUCUGUCCAGCCUCCAGAUGAGAGGGCGUCCUAUUUUCUGAUUAUGGAGUGUGACCAGACCUUUGCACUGGAUACCCAGAGGCUGCAGAGAACAUACUUGAAGCUCCAGCGGUCUCUUCACCCUGACAACUUCAGCCAGAAAACUGCGAAAGAACAAGAGUACUCUGAAUACCAGUCAGCCCUAGUAAACAAGGCAUACAGGACCCUGCUCAAGCCUUUGAGUCGUGGCCUUUACAUGCUGGAGCUGAAUGGCAUGGGGAUAGAGGAGGGGACUGAUGCGGGGGCUGAUCCUCUGUUCCUUAUGGAGUUGAUGGAGAUCAACCAAGCACUGGAUGAGACACGAAGCAAAGAAGAGUCGGCCAAGAUAGGCGCCUCUAUGAAAGAGAAGUUGAACGACUUGACUGAACAAAUAGAUGCAUCCCUGCACAAAGGAGAGCUUCAAGCUGCCAAAGCGCUUCUCGCCCAAAUGAAAUACUUUGCGAACAUUGAAGAGAAGGUGAAGGAAAAACUUUCAGAGCUAAUGUAAAACUGUGUUGACUUCCAUUUGAUGCUUCCAGGGUCAUUUUAAUGUUGUUGAUAUUUUCAAAAAAAUACAAUGCCACAUUUGAAUAGAAGGUUUUAAAGAUGAGCAUGCGAGUUUCAGGUAUACAAAUAAAUGUCAAGUAUUUACUGA